ACGAAACUAAAAUGUAUGGAAGUCUCCGCUUUGAAGCAGAAAACGCCUGAAGCAGGACUGACUGAAGUUCACAGUAUGAAUGUCAGUGUGGGUGAUGAUGAGGAAGGGGCAGAGGGGUCCCAUUAUAUGAACAGGAAUCUGUCAAUAAAGGAACUUCCAGGAAGCAGCAAUGAACCACCACCCUCUGACAAACAAAGCAGAGCAGAGUCUCCAGACAAACUGUCAAGGAAGAGGAAGUCGUCCAAGGACAGACCUGUGUUGCCUCCCCCCAUACCUGUGGAUAUUACAAAUGAACCCAGGCCUUCAGCCAUGAAAAACAGAGCAGAGUCUCCAGACAAACUGUCAAUCAAGAGUGACUUCUCCAAGGACACACCUUUAUUCUUUACAAAUGAACCUGGGCCUUCACACAGAAAAUCCAGAGCAAAGUCUCCAGACAAACUGUCACUGAGGAGUGGCUUCUCCAUGGACACACCUUUAGUCUUCAGAAACAAACCUCGGGUUAUGAAUUACAGAAACAGAACAGAGUCUCCAGACAAACUGUCAAUCAAGAGUGACUUCUCCAAGGACACACCAUUAUUCUUUACAAAUGAACCCGGGCCUUCACACAGAAAAAACAGAGCAGGGUCUCCAGACAAACUGUCAAUCAAGAGUGACUUCUCCAUGGACACACCCAGUGACCAAAGGGUCUCCUGGGACCCCAAGCAAGAAAUUAUAGAAAUACAAGUAUUACUAGAGUCUUUUCUUGAGGGGAUCCUACUGCCCAGUUCUUUUGGUGAUCAUAAGAUCUCUAUGAGGAGAAGAUGUGAAAGUGUGACUGAAGGCAGUGAUGAACCAGGAAAGACAACCUAUCUAAAUAGGAUCUACACUGAGCUCUACAUCACAGAGGGACAAAGGGAAGACAUUAAUACUGAACAUGAAGUGAGGCAGCUGGAGAUGGUGUCUAAGAAGAUCCAAGAUACAAAAAUCAGGUGCCCUGACAUCUUUAAAGCCUUACCUGAUCAGCAGAAACACAUCAGGGUCGUUCUGACAAACGGCAUUGCUGGAGUUGGAAAAACCUUUUCAGUGCUGAAAUUCACACUGGACUGGGCAAACGACUUAGAGAACCAGGACAUCAGCCUGGUGAUUCUGCUGUCGUUCAGAGAACUGAACUUGGUCAAAUAUGAGCAGUACAGUCUGCUGAAACUGCUCCAUGUUUUCCAUCCAUCAUUACAGAAGGUCACAGCGGAAGAGAUCACUGACUGUAAACCUGUGUUCAUCUUUGAUGGCCUGGAUGAAAGCAGAUUUUCUCUGGAUUUCCACAACUGUGAGGUUGUUUCAGAUGUCACCCAGAAGACAUCUGUUAAUGUGCUCUUGACGAACCUCAUCAAGGGGAAUCUGCUUCCCACGGCUCUCAUCUGGAUAACUUCCCGACCUGCAGCAGCCAAUCAGAUCCCUUCUUCAUGUGUCGACAGGGUAACAGAAGUCAGAGGCUUCACUGACACACAGAAAGAGGAGUACUUCAGGAAGAGAUACCCCAGCAAGAGUCCAUCCGACAGAUCCUUUUUACAUAAACUGCCAGAGGACUGUGACCCUUCAUUACAAUCUCUAGACCUCGCUGGCAUGUCAGGGAAGAGGAAGAGGAAGAAGUACAGAAUGAAGGACAGUGAUGAAAGAAAGGAUAAAAGAAUCAUCUCACAUAUCAAGACAUGCAGGAGUCUCUACAUCAUGUGUCAAAUCCCAGUGUUCUGCUGGAUCAGUGCUACAGUCCUGGAGCACAUGUUGUCUACAAAUCAGUUGAAAGAGCUUCCUAAGACCCUAACUAACCUGUACUCACACUUCUUGCUGGUUCAGACAAAGAAGAAGAAACAGAAGUAUGGAAAAGGAUUUGAGAAAGAGGGGCUGACAAGGGAAGACCAGAAUGUUCUUCUGGGGCUGGGAAGGCUGGCUUUUGAAGAACUGGAGAAAGGAAACAUCAUGUUCUACCAAGAAGACCUGAAGCAAUGUGGUCUGGAUGUCAUGGAUGCCUUGGUGUUCUCAGGAGUCUGUACAGAGAUCUUCAAAAGAGAGAGUGUGAUCUUCCAGAAAACAGUCUACAGCUUUGUUCAUCUGAGCAUUCAAGAGUUUCUGGCUGCAGUCUACAUCCACCACUGUUACACCAACAGAAACACUGAGGUACUGGAAAAGUUUCUGGGAGACUGGGUUCAUGAUUCAACACUUAUCGUCUUCCUCAGAAAAGUCAUGGAAAAAUCCUUCAAAAGUGAAAACGGCCACCUGGAUCUGUUUGUUCGCUUCCUUCAUGGGUUCUGUCUGGAGUCCAACUGGAGACUGUUAUCUGAUCUUCUGGGUCCCAAAGACAUCAACUCACAAACCAGAGAGAAAAUCAUAGACAAUAUGAAGGAGAUGAUCACAUCCAAUGUGUCUCCAGACAGAAGUAUCAACAUCUUCCACUGCCUGCAGGAGAUGAACGACCAAACACUCCAUCAGGAGAUCAAAAAGUUCCUGGAGUCAAAGAACAAAUCAGAAACAAAGCUUUCCGAUAUCCAUUGUUCAGCUCUGGCCUAUAUGCUGCAGAUGUCUAAGAAGGUCAUAGAUGAAUUUGACUUGAAGACGUACAACACAUCAAAUGAGGGACGACGGAGACUGAUUCCAGCGAUAAGGAACUGCAAAAAGGCUGUACUUGCUGACUGUGGACUGUCAGAAAGUUGCUUUGAAGUCGUGGCCUCAGCUCUGAAGUCCAACCACAGCCCUCUGAGGGUGCUGGACCUGAGUUCAAAUGUCCUGUGGGAUUCACAAAUGGAUCUACUUUGUGAUGGUCUGAGGAGUCCAGCCUGCAGUCUGGAGUCUCUGAAAUUAAGUAUGUGUAUGUUGUCAGAGAGUAGCUUUUCUUAUCUGACUUCGGCACUGAAGUCCAAUCCGUUCCAUCUGAGAGAACUUGAUCUGAGCAAGAACAACCUGCAUGAUGGAGACAUGAAGAAGCUGUGUGAGUUUCUGCAGAGUCCAGACUGCCAGCUGCGGAUUCUGAGACUGAGCCACUGUAGGUUGUCAAGGGACAGCUGCUACUCUCUGGUGUCAGCUCUGAAGUCCAAUCCCGACCACCUCGAGGAGCUGGAUCUGAGUAACAGCGAUGUCUGGAAUUCAGCUCUUUGUGAGCUGAUGGAUUUUGUGGAGAGUCCACAGUAUAAACUGCAAACACUGAGACUGAAUUGAGCUUCAAUGAUGAGGCCCAUGUGAGGACCAGCUGGAUCCAGAUCAUCUCCACAUUAAUGUAGCUGCAACCCCUGUGGACAAUCGCUGUGACUUUUUCCACUGUAUGUUUUGCUGUAACUGACUCACCGCUGCAGUCUGAACUGAUCUGAGACCAUCGCUGCUGUCACACUGUCACUGCUCUUUCCCUUUUCUUUUGGAGAAGAGUAUCAAGUUAAAUUAUUCUGUCUUUGGACAAUAUCUUUUCUCUUUCAUUUAGGUUUUAUACAAAUAUGACAUUAACUCAGAAAAAGCUGGGACAUUAUGUUAAAAUGUAAAUCAAAACAGAAUACUGUAGAAAAUGAAUUUCAAAUGUCAUAAACCCAUAUUUUAUUCACAGUAGAUCAUAAAUAACAAAAUAUUUAAAUUGAGAAAAUGUGGAAUUUAAGAAAGAUGGUUAAUUUGAAUGUAGCAACAACAAUACAUCUCCAAAAAUUGGGACGGGGCAACAAAAGGCUGGAAAAGCAAAGGUCUGAAAAAAAAACAAAAAACAGUCAGAGGAACUGAAGAGCAUCUUGGAGAUAUAGAGUCUCAGAAGUAAAGACAGGCAUAGGUUCACCAAUCUUUAGUAAAGUGCAUCUACAAAUUGUGGAAGAUUUUCAGAAAAAUGUACCUCAUCAGGAAAUUAUGAAAACUUUGAAUAUCACGUCAUCUACGCUACAUAAUAUAAUCAAAAUGUCCCAAGAAUCAGGAGAGAGUUAUGUAAACAAAUCCAAAAAUUAAUAUUGGAUGGAUUUGGGUCGUCAACACUGCAUGAAACCCAGGCAUGAUUCUAUAAUGGAAACCACUGUAUGGGAUCAGGAUGGAUUCAGUUCACAGUUAAAUUCAGUACAGUUCAAUUAAAAAAAAAAAAAAAAAACUUUAUUUGUCCCUGGUUAGGAAUUUAUAGGCAUGUAUGAGCUGCCUGAUGACAACAAACUUUUAUUA